GCGCGCGGGGGUGGGGUGGUGGGCGGGAGCUCGGCGGCUUAAACUGAGCCCGCCUCUUCCGGUUUGCUGGAGAGGCGAGACCUUGGUUUAUUUUUCCGCCUCCGAGGGGAUGUUGCCGGUUGUGUGAAACGUAAGAGGGUGUUUCUCUCCCCCCCCCUUCCCCUUGUUUGUCGUGUUCGCCGCCAGCGCUUUCCCUCGGCCGGAGUAGCUGUGCGGCCUCUUCCUCGCGGCCCUCAGUUUUCCUCUUCCUGCUUCGCGUAGCGUCUUGUUGUGUUGUGUGUAGAGAAAGGCUGAUGUGAUGCCUGGUGGCCAACGCUGAAAUGUGCGAAAGGGUUAAGGCAUCUUUGCCCCCGCCACCUGAUUCUAAACCUGAGCCACUAGCUCAUGAAUGAUAGCUCCCCCCCUUUCUUUUUUGAAAAUAUUACUUUUUAUUUACGUUAUUUAUGUUUACUCAGUAGGUAAAGUAUGAGACUUUAAAUAUCAGGGUUGUGAGUUGGAGCCCCACGUUGGGCAAAAGAUUCCAUCAGGACUAGAUGACCCUAAUGGACCUUCCCAACGCUACAAUUCUGUGAUUCUAUGUUGAGUGCUAGUACGUGUUUACAUAUUGUGUUAAUGUGUAAAUAAAUUAAUUAAUUUAAAAAUUGUCCAGGAGCACCUUAGAGACCAACUGAGUUUGUUCUGGGUAUAAGCUUUCGUGUGCAUGCACACUUCUUCAGAUACUGUAAACUGAAACAGAAGUCACCAGACCCUUAUACAGUGGUACUUUUGGUUGUGGAUGGGAUCCAUUCCGGAGGUCCGGUCGGAUGCCGAGGUUUCCGCAUGCGCGUGUGGCGAAACCCACUAAAAUACUUCCAGGUUUGCCAUGCAUGCAUCCCAAAGUUUACAUAACAGCAUAUAGUGGGAGGGUGGGGUGGGGUUUUUCCCAGAAGGGUAGUAGAAGAUGGGUGAUUGACUCAAUGGGUAUGGUAAUGCUGUUGAAGCAAGGGAUAGUAUGCAGAUGACCAAAAAUAGCUUUAGCAUAUGUAAUGAGACAAGAAUCUAAUAUCGCUGUUCAGACCAGGUCUCUCCCUAGUUUUCAGUUUAGUAAUAAGUUGUAAUUCAGCAACUUCUCGUAACAGCCAGUAAUGUGUAACGUUAGCAACUUGUUUUACUAGUUGUAGGGUGAUUGAGAGUGCAAUUCUCUGCAUGCAAAAUACCUAACUGGUUUCAAUGAGGCUUUUCCUGAAUUCCUCCAUAGGUCUGAAGCCUUAAAACUUCUGUAAAAUUUCUUCUCCUAUAAACUGUGUCACACAUAUAUUUUUACUCAUUUUUUAUUUAUCGGUUUCUUUAGGAGUCUGAAAGUCUUUUGUGAAGAUGGUGAAUGUUUUGAAAGGAAUACUUAUAGAAUGGUAAGUAGCACAUUAUAUGUGGGGCUGCCUCUGAAGAUGGUUCAGAAACUUCAGCUGGUGCAGAAUCCAGCAGCCAGGUUGUUCACCAGGGCAAGACCAUUUGAGCAUAUAAUACCAAUCCUGGCCCAACUGCACUAACUGCCAAUCAGUUUCUGGGCCCAAUUCAAAGUGCUGGCUUUGACCUAUAAAGCCUUAAAUGGCUUGGGACAGCAAUACUUCAAGGACCGCCUCUCCCCCUAUGAAUCAACCUGGACCAUGUGAUUGUCAUCUUAAGCCCUUCUUUGGGUGCCUCUUCUGUGAGAGGUCCAAAGUGUGGCAACAUGAGAACAGGCCUUUUCUGUGGUGGCUCCUUGUUUGUGGAAUGCUCUCAUCAGGGAGGUUCACCAAGCACCUUCAUUAUAUAUCUUUAUGUGCCAGGCAAAAACUUUCCUUUAUAACCUGGCCUUUAUUCUUUAUCUUGCCUUUUUAAGUGAGCAGGAUGUUUUAAGUGUAUUUCAUUUUCCUCUUGGUUUUAAUGUAUUUAUUUGCAGGAGGGUUUGUCUGUCUGGUUGAAAGUUGCUUUGGGUUGCCCCGGCUAAGCUAAAGCGAUGGACAAAUUUUAUAAACAAUAAUAAAUGAAAUGACAUAAGUGAAACUGGAAACUGGUUAUUAUAAUUCCUGAAUGAAAUCAUUGGCAUGGAGUAUGAAUAAAAGUAGGAGACUAGAAAAAAUGGCCUUUCCUAAAUCUAAGACUCUUGAGAUACAGAAUAAAUAUCUUCAUUCAAAUUGUUGAACCACCCUGCAAUAUGUUAUGCUUUAAUUUUUGUCCGUUAUACCACAUUUCCUUUCCCCUCUAGUUGAAAAGUAUUGUUGCUUGUAAUACAGCAAUCAUGCCUACUACCAUAGCUCUAUGAUUGUGUUCCCUGUCCAGCUCAGCCUAUUUGAAGGCCAGAUUUUUACAUUAUAAACAGCUUGACUGAAUUUUAGUUGUAUUUUGAUAGGUUAAGCUCAAAGAGCUGCUCAGACUCCUAGCUUUCAAAAGGGGUCUUAACUGCAGCACUCCCAAUUUCUUUUUCUGAAGCUCACCAGCUAUGUAAUAACUUUAGAGCACUCUGGGGAUUUCAGUAAUGCUUCUGAAGACCAUCCAGUUUCCAUGACUACAGAGGUAAGUAACAAACCAGUCCUGAAAACAUACUCCUGAGCUGCCUUAUAGUUCAGUUAUUCCAAAAGAGUGUAAAUUUAAUUCAGUUAAAGUAUCAUGUGAUGUGACCAUUUUAUUUGUGCCUCCACAGUGACCCAGCCAUGAAGCAGUUUCUGCUGUACUUGGAUGAAUCAAAUGCCCUGGGGAAGAAGUUCAUCAUACAAGACUUGGAUGAAACACAUGUCUUUGUGUUAGCUGAGAUGGUUUACUUCCUGCAGGAGAAAGUGGGAGAGUUAAUGGACCAGAACUCUUUUCCCAUUACACAAAAAUAGAAAAUGGGACUGGAAUUGUCUGUGUCUAACUACAAUCAAUAAAUGUGGAACUGAAACUUUAUGUGUAAUAGAUUUGGUGGAGAUUCAAUAGCAAAAGUCACUAUAGCAAAUAAACUAUUUAAUUAGAUUGUAUGUUCAAAAAUUCUCUUUGAUUUUCUUGCUGUGGUAGUUACAGACUAUGAAGUAUAGUUUUCUGAUAGCCAGUAAAGUGUCUGCCACUGCAAGUGAUUUUAGAGUUUACUUGUUUGAACUUUAGGUUAUGCUUUAUUGAGGGUGAGGGAAAUCAAUGUUCAUAUUGUUUAUUUUUUGUAACUUUCCUUUUAGAGGGAAGAUAACCUUAAAGCACAUAUGCCUUCUGUUUUUAAUGGAUUGUGCAACUUUUUUACAGGACCAAAGGAGACUACCAAAUUUCUUGUGAUGGACCUUGAAAAAUAAACAAUAAUAUGAAUCCUGCAUAACAUUGAAUAAUUUUCAACAGGUUUAUAGCUCUGUCUUAUACAUUUUUAGAGAACUACAUUUCACUAAGUUUCAUCAGGUUUGUGUAUAGGAUUGCAGUCUUAGGCACACUUACCUGGGAGUAAGCCCAGUUGAAUUCAGUAGGAUUUACUUCUGAGUAGAGAUUGCACUUUUGGAAAGUGUUCUUGUGCUUGGUUUGGUCAGGCUUUUAUUUUUUUAGCAUUUCCAGGAAUUUUCUUCUUUUGAUUUAUAGGGUUCAUUAUGAACCCUACUGAAAUGAAGUUUGAAACUUUUAUUCAAGCUUUUACAAUAUUGUAUAAAAAUAGAGUGCAAUAAAGAUUUUAUAGCUAAUUAUGAAAUCUAAAAAACAGGAAGGAAUUAAACCUUUGGGCACUGAGAAGGUUAGUAUGCAUUACUUGCACCUGCUUCUACCGAUGCAGAUGUUUUCCCAUUAAUUUAAAAUCAUGUCACUUGCUAAGUGGCUAUUAUGGUGAUGCAACACAGUUACUAAUUAUAACGCACAAAUCACAUUUAAUGCCUUUGGACUCGUAAUAUUUAAGGGUAAAAAGCCCUGUGUUGUUCCUAUUGUACAGAUGGAAGAUGAAGAUGCUUAAGGCUAUGCAGUCAUUCUCUGGGUAGCAUGACCUUUGUAUGUGGGUCCAAGGUCAAUGCUCUACCUAGUGGGCCAUCUCAAUCCCUUAUUGUGUCAAGAGGCUUUCCUCUCUUCCUUUCACAAAAAAAAUUUGUAUUCUAAGCUUCAGCUUGUUGCUGUGCAUGGAUGGGAGAAAUCAGAAUGUGAAUUUUAAGGGAAAGAGCAAGCCAUUUCUUCUCAGAUGCUUGAUAUAGCACCAAUAAUCUAUUAAAAUUCUGAUUUAAAUCAAACACACCUGCUGGUCUAAAAGCCUUAUCAAUGAGAAAAUAUACCAGUAAGGGAGCUUACCAGGUUUUACAACAAUUUGUUUUUGUUUUUUAAUCCAAAACAAAUUGAAAGAAUGGCAUAGCUGCUUCCCUUGCCCUCCAGUCUGUUGCUUUCCUUAUAAAAGGAGAGUGAGAAAUCUGAGAUGUAUUUUAUUUUAACCAGGAGCAUGGUUUCUUUCAGUUAGUUCAUUACUUAUGCAGGAAAAAGGAAGGAGUUGUCACUUUUUCAAGUACUGGUAACAUGCUUAAGCAAUUAAAAUGGGG